CAGACCAUAGAUCGGCCGGGAAAAUGCUUACCGAUUCCCAAUCGAAUUUAUGCGAAGAUACUAGAGAAACAAACCACCAAGCUAUAUUGGUCGCUACAGGUGUUGUGAAUGCCAUAGAAUCUCUUGCAGCCUCAGACUGUGCAAAAUCAACCGAUUUUCGUGGGGACGUAUCAUUUCAACGAAAGCAACAUAUGCGUUCAAGGUCAAUACAAAAGGAGUGUUACUUAAAUAAUACUGAAGUUAAGAUCGACUCAACGUUAAAGGCCAUUAUUCCUCGUUGCUGGUCGGAUCCUGUUAUGUGCACGGUACUGCGUAAAGACUUAAAACCUCCAAUUAUACAUCAGGCUGCGUUUGAUAACACAAUAUACAAAUCGAGUUGGAGGCUUUGGCACAGGCAGUUCAGUACUACGUGGGAUGCGUAUGUUAGCCGAAGACAAGUUUGGACACUACGUAGUGUGUUUGGACUUGGUUGUAGUCCCAUUUUUUGAAUCAAACGAAAAUUAGCAUUUUUAGCAUGGUUCCGUGGUUCGUUCCAAUUCCAACAGCAUAUGUCUGGUUCUUGUUUAACCGAUCCCGAUAUUAGUUUCACAUACGUCACACAACAUUAAUGUGUAACCCAGGAUUUAUCAUGAUUCUUGACAGGAAAUCCAUUAUGAAGUAAAUAAUACUGUACAAUUAAUGACUUAAAAUUACUAAGCUGAGAUUUAAAAGUUAAUUCUGUAGUAUAUGAAAAUAAAUUAGUCGAA